CCAAAAAAAGGCAAUACCCUGAAAUAUAAUUUCAUUUAAUUAAAAAAAAAUAAAAAACUAUGUCUAAUGUACUAAUUUUUUUUUAUCGACGGUUAAAAAACUCCAGCUUCAAUUCAUUUACAAGAACACUAUCAAAACUCCAAAUUCGAAAUUAUGCGAAGGCGACAAGCUUCCCAGACUAUUAUCAAAAUCCAAUAUUUAGAAAAGAAGAUCAAGUGAAACUCAUUGCAGAUUCGGAUUUGAAGAACCGAGCAACUGUACCUGUGAAGCCACCAACGGUUUCUGAAACGUCUUCCGUUUACUUUGAUCCUCUCGUUAAUAAAGUCAUCAACCAUGUGAUGGAAAAAGGUAACAAACGAUUGGCUCGUCAACUCGUUGAGAAAGCAUUCGAAAAUAUCAAAAGGAAACAAAUUGAACGAUACCAUUUGGCUUCUACACCAGAAGAAAAAGCCAAAAUAGAGUUAAAUCCUAAGGACAUUUUAUAUAAAGCCGUUGAAAAUUGCAAACCAUUGUUACAAUUACAGCCCAUCAAGAGGGGUGGUAUCACAUACCAGGUGCCUGGACCAAUCACUGAAAAAAGAUCAUUGUUUUUAGCAAUUAAAUGGUUACUAGAGACAACAGAUGAAAAAGAAAGAACUGUUCAUUUCCCUGAGCAGUUUGCUUGGGAACUCCUUGAAGCUUCAAACAAUACUGGCAAAGUUGUAAAGAGAAAACAAGAUUUACAUCGGCAAUGUGAAGCUAACAGAGCAUAUGCGCACUACAGGUGGCAAUAACAAUAUUCAGUCCUUAUAAAGUAGCAGUAAAAUAAUAUAAAUAAAAUCAUCCAUGUGACACUAGUAGUCUAUCUAAACUAAACAUAGGAACUUUGAAGUUAGAGUAGCAAAUAAAUAGAAGUACAUCAAUCCAAUGUAUACUUUCUACAAGCAUUAAAUCUAGUAGAAUGUACUAUUGUCUAGGUUCAUUUGCCCUGUUCAGUCUUUGCACCACCCAUGACCACCACCUGAGGCACCGGUCAAAUAGUUCUCUAAUUGGAUAUAAUGUGAUCAUAGCACUUUUUCUAAUUACAAAUAUAAGUAAAUUUUCUUAAAGCAAUUGUGAAAUAAAUAAGCUGUAAGUAAUUGUAAUUUAAUGAAAAUUACGACUGCAAUUCCAAUCAUCUUUGAGAUAGCCACCUGCCUAUAUACUAUUGUAUAGUACUUUUUUGAUCCAAUAGUAUAGCAUUAUUUGGAUAUUGACAAUUUGUCAUUGCAAUAUGUAUGAAAUAGAAUGAAUAGAGUUGCAAAAACUAUUUAAUUAAACUGAGGAAAAACCAAAUAUCUAGUUUCUUUUUCUAAUUAGUGAGACGGCUUUGACCACCGCUAAUUGUAUGAAAAAUUCAUCUCAUCAAACUAAUACGUUCUUCAUCAUCUUCAAGUCAUAGUACUUACUAUGACUAUAAUCUCUGAGUAUCGACAAGCGUACAAACCAUUUCAUAGGAUUUAACGAAAUAUAAAUAUUCGCUUUAGCGUGUGGUGCGCGAGGCCAUAGAAAUGAAAAACACAAACGUUUUAAUAUAAAAAAAAAAAUUUAAAAUAAAGAAAAAAUUAAA